CUUCCCCUUUAUAAAAGCCCAACUACCGCGCGGCACACCGUUGCUUCCUGUCCCUUUCCAUUUCGUUCCUUGUCCUAUCCUCCAAUCGAAUUGGUUCCCCAUAUCUUAGGGUUAGGGUUUCGUCUAUUCCAUACCUUCCUCCCCAUAUUAGCGCGCCUGGUCCUUGAGCUUCCUUUGCGCGUGGGAUGAUGGGCACUGCCGUGGACCUAGGACGGAGGCAGGGCGACAGCCGCUUCUACGACGCUGCCAGGGCUCGACGAGGGCACCAUCAUGGCCUUCCCAAGUCGAGGUGCGCAGCCGCCGCCGUUACCCAGGAGAAGGCGCCGGAGGAGCCCUCCCCGCUGCCAGCGUCCCCCGUAGGAGUUGCAGGCAACCUCAAGAGGUUCGUGGCCGCCGUUACGCUGUCCGUGCCGGCGGAGUGCCCCUCCAAGAGAGGAGAGUGGAGGGGUUGCGGCGUGGAUGCCGACCGGGAGAAGCCCUACUUCGUUCUUGACGACCUAUGGGAGGCGUACAAGGAGUGGAGUGCGUAUGGUGCGGGGGUGCCGCUCGUUCUUGACGGGUGCGACGGGGUCGUGCAGUACUAUGUGCCUUACUUGUCUGCCAUCGAGCUCUAUGGAGACUCAUCAGUCCUGCAGGCAUCUUCCAACCCAAGACAUAUCAUGGAUGACAGUGAUGAAGAUUUCCAUGAUUCCAGCAGUGAUGGUAGCAGUGAUUAUGAACAUGUAAAGGUCAAACACUUAGCUCAGGAAGGCUUCUCAAGGGAUGAUGGUGAAUCUGGAGUUACUCAUGGCCGCUUGCUCUUUCAGUACCUUGAAUUUGAUUCUCCAUUUUGCCGUGAACCUUUGACUGAUAAGAUUUCUAGCCUUUCAGCCAGAUUUCCAGGACUGAGGACCCUUCGGAGUUGUGAUUUAUCAGCGCGGAGUUGGAUGAGCAUCGCUUGGUACCCAAUUUAUCGAAUCCCUACUGGACCAACAUUAAAAGAUUUAGAUGCCUGCUUUCUUACUUUCCAUCAGCUUUCAAAUUGCCUGCAAGGAGAUAAUCUGUGGGCUCCUGAUAGCACACCAAACAUACCACUCCCAGUUUUUGGUUUGGCUUCCUACAAGUUUAGCAACUCAGUCUGGUCUCCAACUGAUGGUGAUUGGCAACUGGCUAGCUGCUUAAGGCAAGCUGCUGCUGAUUGGCUGAGAGACAGCCGUGCUGGCCAUCCAGAUUAUCAGUUCUUUGUCUCCCGCGGUGCAAACCACAGGUAGUGAAAUUUCCGCUUUUCGCAGAGCUCAAGAAAGGAAGUCUGAAGAGUGUCGUGUGAACAUGAUUAAGUUCUGAGCGACUGACUGGUUGACUGCUUCCAAAUCUGAUGCAUGUUACCACAAGAUUUGAAGCUUGGAUGGUGGGAAGUGACCUGUCCUGCUUUGUAAAUUGCACUAAUAGGUAGAUUUCGACCGGCUAUGUUUUUAUACUUGUAGUCGGUCGGUGUGUGGGAAGUUGGGAUGAGAAUGAACAAAAAGGUAAAAAGAAGAAAUGAAAAGGAUGAAAAAAGUUGGUGAAAAAGCUUGCACUUCCGGUGUAUGUUAGCUGUUAAACUUAUGUAAUACAAAUAGUAUGGGGGGCCAGUUUUGAUUGAGACACCCCUCAUUGUCUGAAAACAUAUCAAGUUUGCUGGCAUUGGAGUAUGUGUUGAAGAAAACUUAUAGUCAGCAUGUUGUUGCAGUGUACAUGUAAACUUCUGAACUGCUGUGUGUGAUA